GUUGUUAUUUAUUAAAAUAAGAAAUGGAGUUAUCAUACGAUCUGAAAUUAAAUGCUGUUUCAGGAUGGACCGGUCGUUAUCUUCAUUACCAUGGAAAGCAAUGAACAGCAUGGAACCUGGAGGAAGAUUGCCAGUUGCCUCGGGGUUUGGCAUUUGGACACUCGCUCGCAUCACAGAGGCCUCUUCCGUCUCUCGUACUAUGAAACAGAACUUUUUAUUAUAGGUUACCCCUUCAGUGACUAUAGUUACCUGAAGCCAUGGUGGAUACAUGUCAUGCAGGAAGCGGACGAGAAAGAAGAAAACCUAAUUAUGGAGAGGACUCUGGAUAAUCGCCUGUGGUUCCGGCGUCCCGAGCUGGAGCGGUUUUCACCCUUCCUUCUGCUGCAGCGGAGCACGCCGGAGCCUGCUGUUGGAUGAACUGACGACCCGAUCGUAACGGAUCGGAUACAAGCUAUUUCCUCAUGCUUGUAUCCCUUAUGUCUGGUUUUGUUCGCUUUUCGUUUCUCGAUAUAUCAAGCAAAUACAUAGAUAUUUUUUUUAUUUAGCUGAUGCAUUUGAAUAAGAUAUCAAAAAAAUCUUUUGUGUGUAAAAUCAUAAAACAUAUCACUCUCUUAGAUAAUUGCAUAUUUAUUCUAAAGUGUAGUAAAAUUGUGAAUUAAAAGUGUCUGACUAC